AUGGCAUUCAAUAAGGAAAACAUGAACGCUCUCGACGUCAUUAAAGCUAAUAUUAAUGUUAAAUAUAAGAUAUUUCUCAAGCAUUCUUUGAAAAGGAAUGGUGCAAUAUCAGGCCAUCGAAUUCUAAGCGAAAAUGAUCAUGAUGGCCAGAAAUUAAAGGAAAACAAAUGUGGUGCAGACACUGAAUUGGAUAAAAAUAUAAGAGAAUCCCAUCUGAUAGUGGCUACACUCGUAGCAACUGUUACAUUCACAGCAGGUGUCAUCAUGCCUGGUGGUUAUUACCAAAGUGAUGCAUCAGGGGGAAAUGCCAUGAGUAAAGUAUCAAAGCAAAAUGUUAUGGUCCCGGCCCCGGCACCGAUUAAAGGAACAACUCCGGGUUAUGCAGUUCUAACAAAAAAUGUAGCUUUCCAAAUUUUUUAUCUAGUCAAUAUGCUAGCCUUGUGUUUGUCCACUUAUUCCGUCCUUGUGCACCUUGUCUUAUUGAUACUCCCAGAGGGAAAAGAGAGUCUUAGGUGA